UCAUGGUCCGCCGCCGCGUCAGUCAACAACAAAUGCCUAACGUCAAGCCAACGCGGAAAUGCAUCUCCUCGUAAUACUCGCGUUCGCGACCGUCCGCGCGAAUCUCUACGAGGAAUGCGCGAAACUGUACAGCCCCAACAAUUACCUUAACUACCUUCCGAAUUUACAUUUGCCCUAUUUGGGGAACGUACCCCUACCGGCGAAUCCCCCAAAGGUGACGCCUUCGCCAGUGGUCACUACUAAGGCGGUCAGUAUAGUUACGAAGUACGUCUACAAGAAUCCGGUGUGCGUGAAGUUCUCCAAACGGCAGAACAGUUGCAAGCAGGACAACGGUGUUAAGCACAAGGGGAACGUCGAGCAGCUUGUUACCAAGGAAUAUUUCGUAAGAGACAGAGAGUUUGGCGGCAAACGCGAGCAGGAUUACAUCAGGAGAAAUGAGGACGAGUUUAGAUUGCAGCGCCAUCAGGAUCUCGAUUACUACGAAGAAGAAGAAGAAGACAGUGACUACAGAGACAUCAACCACUUCGUGCAACCUAGCGAAGAACCCAGACCGUCCACUAAAGGCCUCAGGCAGACGCCUUACCUCUCGAACAAACAGAUCCACGAAUUGUUGAUAGAAGACAGACUUGACCAACUAGAAACCAUCUUACCGCAUUACACUAGAAGAAGAACGUUCGAAACGUCGACCGUCACGGUUACCAAAGUACUGAGUAAUAAACGCUCCAUGGCGACUUUGAUCGUGAAAAAUUGUAUACCCCAAGGAUACGAGCUGUGUUCUCCGAAGAGGAAGAAGAGGAAAUCUAAAGUGGCGCGAUUUUCAAAUAAUCGUAAUGAGAAUCAUUAUUUUGGCUAGCUACUUAGAAUGGUUUUUUGAAUCCGUAAUCGUAAAUUACGUUCCAAAGAUAAUUUGAUAUCAAUCGUCGUUUUAGUGUAUUGAUCCAAGUACU